AUGAAUACAUUGUAACCUUCUUUUAGUCCAGUCCCAGCCACUAAUUAUACGGGUUGCCACAAUAAUAUUGCGGACCUAUUCAUUGUCUGAACUAAGCUUUCUCAUUGACUCAUAACACAUUCAAAUUUCGGGUAGGAAACAAUUGGCACGCAAUCAUUAAAUCUUUCCCAGGCAUUCCACAAAUAAAUCUCUUUGAGCACAGAAAGAACAGCGGCAGUGACUAGCGCCAGGAGUUGGCUCCACUUUGUUUCUCAGGGCGGUCACAUUGACAUGACAAGGCAACCCCGAGUGCAGCACCCCAAAGUCGUCGCUACAGCACCAGCGCAGUGGAUGAUCCAUUGCGGAGCAGGACACACUGCCGUGAGUAAACGCAGGGCUUUGCUCUUCUUCAGUCUACUCCUUUUAACUUUUGUCAUGUAAAUAAUGUGUUAUUAUUUAGCGUAUCGUUGGUUGAUAAUAAUUGUAGCCUAGAUAAUCUAGGCUUAGUUUCUAAUGUUUUCCCCACCGUAUUCACGUCGUGGGUGUGCGUGCGGGUUCUCUUCUGCAGCCCGCACACCACGAAAACUACAAUCGGUCUCUAAAUACUUUUACUGUUGGGAGUUCUAAUGAAACAAAACUACCUGAGUUGAUUUAAUAGCACUUUACAUGGCCUGGAGAGGCCCAUUGUAAAAGUCUAAAUUAGGAUCCAUAAUGACGCGUAUGGGAAAGUUGGAUCAGGUGCAUGGGGGUCUUGUGCCGACCUUGAGGCGUGACACUGAAUUGAUACAAUGUUGCAGUGUAGUGCAGCAUCACAGUUAUACUGUUGCGCUGUAUUCAUUAGCGGACCGAAUAAGCCAUCUGUAGCACGGGCAAAACAAAUACAUUCUGCAGCACCCCCACCCGCAAACACCUUCCUGUCGCUAUGCGUAGGUCAGUGCUUAGUGCGAACUUCCCCUACCCCCACCCUCUAUCGACAAAAGAAGCAGCUCUCAAAUCCAUAAUUUCACUGUUUCACAAUGUGAGUGGUAUGAACUCUGAACAAAAAAGAUUAUGACUUGACGGCUCGCCCAGACUGCUUUGUGUUUUGUAGGCUAUUUAUUGUAUUAGACCUAAUACAGAUACAUUUUAUUUAUACCCCAGAAACGUCUCUGAAACGUGGUUGCUUGCUGCUAAACUGCCAGUGGAUGAUCUGACCCCAACACACCUGGGAAAAAUAAGGACCAACAGACAACUAUGUUCCUGACAUAAUUAGGCCUACAAUGUCGUCUUGCGCAAGAUGUCUACGCUGAAACAGGUCAUAGUGCGCGAGAAUGGCCAGGACAAAGAGAAAAGCUUGGACUGGAGUUACAUUGAGUGGUUAGAGAACGAGAACAAGGAAGUGACAGGGGUGACCAAUGUCGAGACGCAAACGGUCUCAAAACCAACCGAGGACAAGGAGACGCAGACCAGGAACCCCUUUAUCAUGCAUAUAGAUUUGGCCAGAACGCACUCCAAACUGAAACAUGCGUCUUUGGUCGAGGCAGACGGCUUGCUCACACAGUUUGACCGACAGGCCCCGGCUCGCAUCUCAACCUCCCCCACCUUGAGGAGGAUGAGGAGCACACGGCGUCCGCAGGUGGACUUCCGGGACCCGGUGAGGAUGGACAGCACACAGGAGGAGUCGGGUACGGAAGAUACACCGUCCCGGUUGAGUCCCCUCUCCCCAGUACAAAGGCACAAGUCUCCGCUGGCGGCCAGCCCCCUUCCCGACAGAGAAAACCAUCUCGAUAAUCUGCCCAAUUCAUCCGCGGGCUGGGGGAAAAGCAGAUCGCAUAGAUCAAAGACUUUUGACAAUGGUAUCACUUGCACGAGACAAGGAUCUCUGGGUGCACGGAGUGUGCAAAGUGUUAGUAAAGACUUUGAAUUUCCUGAUGAUAGCGAUGAUCAGGUGAGUUAAUGUUAUCAUGACCAAAAUGGUAAACUUUCAGUUGAGCAUGAAUGGCGGCCAUAUGCAACACUGUGGCUUUAUAAUGAGUUUUUAUCUGAGCUUUAUAAAGCAGAUGGCCAGUAGCUCCACCACAUUCCUCCUGGGUCGCAGCACUCUCCCCCUCAUUCUCCCUGGCCUCCUGUGAUGGCUGCUCACAAUGUCAGCUUUUGACAGCAAAUUAAUCAGCAGUUACAUGCACUGUAGGAGCAGGAGGCCUGUGUAAUGUUGAUUUAGUGUUAUGUACUCUGCAUGGAUUUCUACACCUUUAAAAUCAGCCAGGGCCUUGGGUUUCUCUAGUCUAUCACACUCAAGGCUCUAAAAUCAUAAUUGACCUCAUACGGCCGGUUAACCAGACCCAGAUUAAUCUUAGUCCUGCCCUAAAAAGCAUGUUCAAUGGAUAUUCUCUGUUGAAAGUACUUCUUAGGCCAAGGCUUCAUCUGUGCCAGAGAAACCAAUCCCUAAUGUAUAGAUAGAUAUCCUGUGCUGUGCUAUUGUUCACUGUCUAUGUGUUUGCUCUUUCACAGUAGUAUCUGCUGUAUAACAAGCCAUUUUCAACAUAAUUAUCCUAACCGAGCUGCCUUCGUCUCUUUUUACAGGACAAGGAGGCUUGCCAUAAUAGGUAGGUGAUUUGAGUGUUAUCUGUGUCCCCACUUGGUUUAGGCAAAAAUACCUGCACUGUGGCCUGCAAUUACCAUAUACUGCCUGGACAUUAUUUGCAUGGCAGGAGGGGAAUUUGCCUAUAACUGACUAACUCUGAACUAUGACACACAAUUAGGAAACCAGAGUUGUAUUCAUUAGGCUCCAAACGGAAGAAAACUGUUUUCCAUUGCAAAAUGUUUUGCUACGGUGUGCCCUAAUGAAUAUGACCCAGCAUGAAUGGGACCAAAACAGAGAUGAUUCCACUUUCUCUCCAUUCAGUGAACAAGCAACUUAUGAGCCAAAUGUUCUAAUUUGCAUGAUUGCAUCCUAAACCGUGUUGUUCGUUUCGUUUGCUAUCUCUAAUUUGGCGAACCGUUCUAGUGAUCCCAGGAGUUUGUUUGUAUGGAAACAUAUUAAGGGAAAAAUUUCCCCAAGCUGGGCCUUGUUGCUCGAAUUGCAUCCACUCAUUGGACAUUUGGCACUCAAUGGCAAAAUACGAUUGGACCCAGAGUAGAGGGCGCCCCAUUGUGCAUUCAUUGUGCUUUGGGCUUGUUAGUGAAACUGUUAGCGGAGCAACAUAAGCUCAGUGGGUGAAGUUAUGAGAGUCCCAUGGUUACAGAUGUAGAAUCUUAAUUUGAGCCAGUUUGCUACAGCAGUAAAAUAAUCCUACAGCAACAGGACAUGUGAUUUAUUAUGUGGAUUAUAAUUAAUAUACUUUUUUGUAGCCAAUACAUUUUUUAUAAGGGAAAAAAUUCAAAGUGGAAAUUCCAAACUUCAAAAACCCUUUUAAACCUUAAAAUACACAAAGUUUUCUGCAACAGGGUGAUCAAAUGAAGAUCCUACAUCUGUCUGUGUGGACUAGACAAGGCCUCAUUAGGGCUGUUUUUCCCCCACUGCCAGCAGUAGCACCACCACCACCCCUCCUAAUGGGCCGCCCAGGCAGGGCUCUUCUACUGCAUAAUUAGGCAGCUAUUGUCCUUGUAAUUAUUAUAAUUACACCCUGGCGCCAUCCCCCUACUGUCCCCCCACAUGGUGGCCGGGCUCAGCAAGACAAUUGGUCGGAACUGCUUUGUUUUCGGGCAUCGUUAUUUUGCUGUAGGGGCCUGGGCAGGGGGUGGUUUGGGGGAUGAAGCACCCCUCUUUGCGGGGGCUCGACUCAGUGGCAGAGGGGUCGACGCACAGAGAGCAUUCUGACUGGCCACAAUGAGACAUGAUGUCUUUGUGACCUGCUUGGAAAUAAACUGCAAUUAGUGUUGAACUGUUUUUGACAGAUCCUCAUGCAGUACUCUUCCACCACCACCAUCAUCAUCAUCCAAUUGCAUUUACUGUAAGACUUAAAGCCUCCUCAAUGUUUUGGUUAACUAUAAUAUAUAAUAUAUACCAUUUAGCAGAUACUUUUAUCCAAAGCGACUUACAGUUAUGCUUGCAUGCAUUUUACGUAUGGGUGGUCCUGGGAAUCGAACCCACUACCCUGCCGUUACAAGUCCCAUGCUCUACCAACUGAGCUAUGUAUUGUUAACUCAGCACACUUUGUGUGCCUAUACAUAUAAGGCCCAUAAGAUGCGCCAGGGUCCGCAUUACCGUGACUGAUAUUAGUUUACUAGAGAGAACAUAGUCCUAGAGAGGACAAAGAACAGUGGUUGCACUCAGAGGUAUUAUCUGCGCUGAGGCGUUAACAGAAGUGGCCAGGGGAGAACUAACAUACCACAUUACUCAGGUCUCAUUGUACACUUACAGAAGGACACUGUUGAAGUGUACAUAUUGGCUUGCUGCACCUCAUCUAGACUCAAGUCAGUCAGUCUUCUGUUGGUGGUUUACAUAAGAUAAGUACUGCUAGUUAUAUAAGCAUACCAUUACAGAUGCACAGCAGUUUCCUGAGGACGUCCAUACAGUCCAAGGACAAUGACAAUGGGUCUCCUUUUUGGAUAGGGUGAGGCAUUUUGGUAACAGACCAUAAAAUAAAAUCAAGAACCAACAUACUUCCCUUCCCUGUAGUUGUAUAACUGUUCCUGUUUGUGGGUUCUGUUUACGCCAUCAUAAACAGCCAGAGAUCUUCAGCUGUCUGCCUUCCUUAUGGUGUCGUCAUUUCUAGAUAACCUUUCACCAAGCACAGCGAAAAUCUUUACUCAGUCUAUCUUAUGGUGCAGUAUACAUGAUAACAAGGUUAUAACACCAUUCACAUUCUGAAAAACAACCAAAUGAUUGAGUAUGUUUUACUCUGUCUUCAAUCAAUCAAACACUGGAUUGUGUCUCACAUUACUAUACUCUCAAUUGUCGUUCAUUACUCAGCUAUUGGGAAGGAAUAAAAAAUAGGAAAAAGUCUGGAAUCAUGGGUACAUUAACUCUAACCCAUGAGCUUUUAGUUUAAUAGAGAAACAGGAAAGAUAGUUCAUCAAGGCCUCACUAUGAAAGCUCUAAAGCCAGUGAGUAGUCUAGUCACAGCACUGGGAGUGAACCUUAAACUGACUGGCUAAAGACCAGCCUAUCAGGUUGUUAUUUGGCUCAUCAUUACUACUCUCACUAUUCUCCGGAAAGACAACUGACAUCUAACUUGUAAACUCAGUCAGAGGUAGCUACUGUGGUUGGUUUUAUAGUGUGAGCAUACACUGAGUGUACAAAACAUUAAGGACACCUGCUCUUUCCAUGACAUAGACUGACCAGGUGAAUCCAGUCGAAAGCUAUGAUCCUUUAUUGAUGUCAUUUGUUAAAUCCACUUCAAUCAGACUAGUUGAAGGGGAGGAUACAGGUUAAAGAAGGAUUUGUAAGCCUUCAGACAAUUGAGACAUGGAUUGACAAAAUAUUUAAGUGCCGUUGAACGGGGUAUGCUAGUAGGUGCCAGGCGCACCGGUUUGUGUCAAGAACUGCAACGCUGCUGGGUUUUUCACACUCAACAGUUUCCCGUGUGUAUCAAGAAUGGUUCACCACCCAAAGGACAUCCAGCCAACUUGACACAACUGUGGGAAUCAUUGGAGUCAACAUGGGCCAGCAUCCCUGUGGAAUGCUUUUGACAGUCCAUGCACCGACGAAUUGAGGCUGUUCUGAGGGCAAAAAGGGGGGUUGGUGCAACUACAUUUUAGGAAUGUUUUAAUGUUUUGUACACUCAGUAUAUUUAUGCAGUGGUAAGGAAGUCAAUUCAAGUAGGUAUACACUUUAUAUUACCAUAGCAAACUACAUAACGAAUGCAUAAGAUGUCAACAAUACAUACAUUCCUUAAUUGGCGGUCUCUAAUCCAUUAAUUCUGCUUGAUUUGAAUUUGGAUAUUUGCCUUCUGCGUGUACCUGCAGUUUACUCUCAACAACAACAACAACACAAACUGAAGAUCUCGUACAAUGCUGUGUACUACUCCCUUCACAGAACAGAGCAAACUGGCUCUAACCAGAAUAGACAGAGGAGUGGGAGGCCCCGGUGCACAACUGAGCAAGAGGACAAAUAUAUUAGACUGUCUAGUUUGAGAAACAGACCCCUCACAGGUCCUCAACUGGCAGCUUCAUUUAAUGGUACCCGCAAAACACCAAAGAAAAAGCCAUAUCUCAGACUGGCCAAUAAAAAUAAAAUAUUAAGAUGGGCAGUCUGAGAUAUGGCUUUUUCUUUGCAACUCUGCCUAGAAGGUCAGCAUCCCGGAGUCGCCUCUUCACUGUUGACGUUGAGACUGGUGUUUUGCGGGUACUAUUUAAUGAAGCUGCCAAUUGAGGACCUGUGAGGCGUCUGUUUCUCAAACUAGACACUCUAAUGUAUUUGUCCUCUCAGUUGUGCACCGGGGCCUCCCACUCCUCUUUCUAUUCUGGUUUGAGCCAGUUUGCGCUCUUCUGUGAAGGGAGUAGUACACAGCGUUGUACGAGAUCUUCAGUUUCUUGGCAAUUUCUCGCAUGGAAUAGCCUUAAUUUCUCGGAACAAGAAUAGACUGACGAGUUUCAGAAUAAAGUUGUUUGUUUCUGGCCAUUUUGAGCCUGUAAUCGAACCCACAAUUGCUGAUGCUCCAGAUACUGAACUAGUCUCAAGAAGGCCAGUUUUAUUGUUUCUUUAAUCAGCACAACAGUUUUCAGCUGUGCUAACAUAAUUGCAAAAGGGUUUUCUAAUGAUCAAUUAGCCUUUUACAACAUUAACAAUGUCUACACUGAAUUUCUGAUCAAUUUGAUGUUAUUUUAAUGGACAAAAAAAUUGAUUUUCUUUCGAAAACAAGGAUAUUUCUAAGUGACUCCAAACUUUUGAACGGUUGUGUAUAUAAAAAAUAUAUUUAAAUUAAUAUAUACUGUAUAUUUACCCAAAAAUAUAUAUAGGGGAUUGGAAAUGUUGCAGACAAUUACAUCGAUAGAAGCCACAAUCUAUCUACAAUAUUAUAGCUGAUCUACCCCCUAAAAAAUGGAAAAUAAAUAAAAAUAAAGUCCUUGGAUACUAUGGGGCCUUAUUGGUCAGUUUUGAUAUAAACUGUCUCUUAUUGAUCAGAAUGUUCUAGAAACUGGCUGUUAUUGGUCAGAAUGUUCUAGAAACUGUCUCUCUCUUCAUACCCUGUUCCCAAGACUGCAGGAGAGGAGGCGGAGUUCUGUGGUGGUCAGUCUGCCCGGAUUGGACGUUUCGCCGGGGGACCUGUUUGUGUCCAAUGGGGCGGCAGACAUACUGAACCUCUCCAACUUCUCAGGUUAACACUGAAGCUGCUUUUCUGCACUUUAUUGCUACAUUUUUGUCAACAGCUUGUUGAUUACUUUUAAGACCAGAUUGUAGGCCUACAAUGAUCAGAGUUAUUUGUUAUAACUAUUAUUUUACAGUUACCUAGCUAUGACAUUAGUAACUGCAUCAGGAGUUCACUUCUUACACAAAUAUAAGCAACAUUAAACUAUUUUCAGAUUAUUACCACAUUCAGGCAAAAUGAUAAGGCUGUUUGUACUAUUUUACAUAAAAAUAAAAAUAAAUAAUAUGCCAUUUAGCAGACGCUUUUAUCCAAAGCGACUUACAGUCAUGUGUGCAUACAUUUUUCCGUAUGGGUGGUCCCGGGGAUCGAACCCACUACCCUGGCGUUACAAGCGCCAUGCUCUACCAAUUGAGCUACAGAGGACCACAUACAUAGAUCCUUUGGAGUGUGAACACUUUUUUUCAUAACUUUUUUCUUUCUUUCAAUAAAUCACUAUUUUUUAAACAGCAGACCUAUGAAGCCAGGCCUUUGUAGAUAAUCACAAUACCCGUUUCUCCAUUUCCACAGACACAAAGAAACCCAGGUGGCCUUUCUCCAGACGUGGCACGGUAGGUGUGCUGUUUGUUUGUUGUUUUUCCCCUGCUACUCACCCUAGCUAGCCUGCCCUGCCACCGGUCAGUUUAGUUGUUUGUGGUUUGUUUGCUAGGGCUGUGAAGCUGCCAGUGUGCUCAGGUGAGCUGCAAUGGAAUUAAGGACAUUGUUCUCUGACCCACUUUUAAUCACAGCAUUAAUUAAUACGCUUUCCUCCCCUCUGUUCUCAUGGCCUCCUGAGAUUUCAUAAUGAGUCAACAACACUGAGCCAAACCAAUUAAAUCCAACUCAAUUAUUUAGUUAAAUGUGUUUGACCAGACUGAUAGAUAGAUGGGCAAAUAUUUGCACAAAACACUGUUGGUGUGUACUGUAGUUCACUGUUCCACUGUUCACUUCCAUAAGUGCAUGACCGUGCACAGACACGGGCAAGCACAUGUGUGCGCGAACACACACACACGCACAUACACACAUUCACUCUUACUGUAAACAUACACACAUUGACAUUACUUACUCUUACUUAGACAAACAGACACUCCUACCUAUAGUAGGAAAACCUGAUUGACUGUUCAAGGAACGUUUAACGUUGAGCCUGUAUUUGUUCCUCUCAGACUAAAGGGAAGACAACAUGCUCUGCCUCUGAUAUUGAGAAAUAUCUCUUGACGGAACAGAUUCAAGACUGGAGGGACACAGACUUCCAGAAGUACAAGGUGAGGAAAGCCAUAUGAACAUAUGAUCCAUGCUGAAUAAGCCCUUUUUUCUCUUAGCUAUUCUUAGCUGCGUUGUAACUUGGCAGCCAGUCAUAAUUGAGUCAGUGCUCCUAGGAAGUACUUCAGGAACAAUGAAGCCCCUGAAACAUAUAAAUUACACAUUGGACGGGAACAAAACUUUAUUGUUAGCCUACGCACAUGACAACCGUACACUUAUAAACUCUAGCUAGACAGCAGAAGAUAAGACUAAGUUACAGCAUUGGGCAUAGUAACAAGACACGCUACAGAAUGCUGUCGCCUCGUACUUAUGACCUCACCAGCCUAGCCGUGCGAAAACCACAAUUAAUCACCCUCCCCUUGUGUAUUAUUCAAAUAACGUCUAUCCAACCAUCCCUCUGUCUAUCAUCCCCUCCAUCCACAGGAUUGUUCUCUAGAGGAGUUCCUGAGGGACUGUGAUUCGUCUCAGCUGAGGUCUGACAGUGACCCUCAGGACUAUAAGAGACAGGAAGCCAUCUGGGAACUCUUCACCAGCGAGUGUGUUUACUUCCUGGAUCAGCUCAUGGUGCUCAAAGAGGUGACUUACAUGAUGUACGCCUCCUCACACACACACACGACCUACUUGUUGUGUGUAUGUACUGAUAUUUAUGUGUAACUGAUAGAUGCACACACACACUACAUGUUCAUGUUUUUAAAUGUAUGUAAAUUGUAAAGUAUUUUGUGUGUAAUGUAUUUUUCGUUAUACACUACUGUUCAAAAGUUUGGGGUACACUUAGAAAUGUCCUUGUUCUCGAAAGAAAAGCCAUUUUUUUGUCCAUUAAAAUAACAUAAAAUUGAUCAGAAAUACAGUGUAGACAUUGUUAAUGUUGUAAAUGGCUAUUGUAGCUGGAAACGGCUGAUUUUUAUUGGAAUUGGCUAAUUGAUCAUUAGAAAACCCUUUUGCAAUUAUGUUAGCACAGCUGAAAACUGUUGUGCUGAUUAAAGAAGCAAUUAAACUGGCCUUCUUGAGACUAGUUGAGUAUCUGGAGCAUCAGCAAUUGUGGGUUCGAUUACAGAAUCAAAAUGGCCAGAAACAAAUAACUUUCUUCUGAAACUCGUCAGUCUAUUCUUGUUCUGAAAAAUGAAGGCUAUUCCAUGCGAGAAAUUGCCAAGAAACUGAAGAUCUCGUACAACGCUGUGUACUACUCCCUUCACAGAACAGCGUAAACUGUCUCGAACCAGAAUAGAAAGAGGAGUGGGAGGCCCCGGUGCACAACUGAGCAAGAGGACAAAAUACAUUAGAGUGUCUAGUUUGAGAAACAGACCCUCACAGGUCCUCAAUUGGCAGCUUCAUUAAAUAGUACCCGCAAAACACCAGUCUCAGCGUCAACAGUGAAGAGGCGACUCCGGCAUGCUGACUUUCUAGGCAGAGUUGCAAAGAAAAAGCAAUUUAUCAGACUGGCCAAUAAAAAUUUAAUAUUAAGAUGGGCAAAAUAACACAGACACUGGACAGAGGAAGAUUGUGAAAAAGUUAUGGACAGACAAAUCAAAGUUUGAGGUGUUCGGAUCACAAAGAAUAACAUUUGUGAGACACAGACCAAAUGAAAAGAUGCUGGAGGAGUGCUUGAUGCCAUCUGUCAAGCAUGGUGGAGGCAAUGUGAUGGUCUGGGGGUGCUUUGGUGGUGGUAAGAGAGUGGGAGAUUUGUACAGGGUAAAAGGGAUCUUGAAGAAGGAAGGCUAUCACUCCAUUUUGCAACAUCAUGCCAUACCCUGUUGACAGCGCUUGAUUGGAGCCAAUUUCCUCCUACAACAGGACAAUGACCCAAAGCACUACUCCAAACUAUGCAAUAACUAUUUAGGGAAGAAGCAGUCAGCUGGUAUUCUGUCUAUAAUGGAGUGGCCAGCACAGUCACCGGAUCUCAAACCUAUUGAGCUGUUGUGGGAGCAGCUUGACCAUAUGGUACGUAAGAAGUGCCCACCAAGCCAAUCCAACUUGUGGGAGGUGCUUCAGGAAGCAUGGGGUGAAAUCUCUUCAGAUGACCUCAACAAAUUGACAACUAGAAUGCCAAAGGUCUGCAAGGCUGUAAUUGCUGCAAAUGGAGGAUUCUUUGACGAAAGCAAAGUUUGAAGGACACAAUUAUUAUUUCAAUAAAAAAAUCAUUAUUUCUAACCUUGUCAAUGACACAUUUCCUAUGCAUUUUGCUAUAUUUCCUAUUCAAACUCAUUUCAUGUAUAUUUUCAUGGAAAACAAGGACAUUUCUAAGUGACCCCAAACUUUUCAACGGUAGUGGAUGUCAUCCCCAGCCAGACUAGCUGUUGCCAUUGGCAUCGGCUAAUGGGGAUCCUAAUAAUUGAAAUCACACACCAGGGUUUCCGUUAGCCGGUAAUAGCCGGCUUUUGGCCCCCCCCCCCAAAAAAUGAAAAGCAGGAUUUUUUUAUUGUUGUUGCCGCCCAAUUGUCUGGGAGAAGAAACAAAAUUCCAUUGCGAAAUAAUGCUUUUUAGCCUAUUCAUUGAUGGAAAUACCAGUCGCUGGAAAUACAUUUGACCGGUCAUGCUUAUCGGUCUAUAGUUAAUUUGCAUAAUUUAGUGGAAUUAAAAUUGCCGCGUGUAUUUUCCUUAGUCGUCAUAUAUCUUAUUUAUCACACGUACAGCAUACAGAUACAGAGCCUAGUUUGAGUGGAAAAUCUGUCAGACAGCGCGAGAGCUGCUGCUACAGCUCCUCAAACAGUUUGUUCGUUGCCGAGUUAAACAUGUGCUUUUAUAAACCAAAUCAUUGCGCAACAAUUCUAAAUGCAAUUGCAUGUUUAAAAAAAACGUUUUGAUAGCCAUGAAUAAAAAGAGCUAAUAUUUUGUGUCACACCACUUUCAAAUCAAAUCAAAUCAAAUGUUAUUGGUCACAUGCGCCGAAUACAACAGGUGCAGACAUUACAGUGAAAUGCUUACUUACAGCCCUUAACCAACAGUGCAUUUAUUUUAAACAAAAAAAAGUAAAAAUAAAACAACAACAAAAAAAAGUGUUGAGAAAAAAAGAGCAGAAGUAAAAUAAAGUGACAGUAGGGAGGCUAUAUAUACAGGGGGGUACCGUUGCAGAGUCAAUGUGCGGGGGCACCGGCUAGUUGAGGUAGUUGAGGUAAUAUGUACAUGCGGGUAGAGUUAAAGUGACUAUGCAUAAAUACUUAACAGAGUAGCAGCAGCGUAAAAAGGAUGGGGUGGGGGGGGCAGUGCAAAUAGUCCGGGUAGCCAUGAUUAGCUGUUCAGGAGUCUUAUGGCUUGGGGGUAGAAGCUGUUGAGAAGUCUUUUGGACCUAGACUUGGCACUCCGGUACCGCUUGCCGUGCGGUAGCAGAGAGAACAGUCUAUGACUAGGGUGGCUGGAGUCUUUGACAAUUUUGAGGGCCUUCCUCUGACACCGCCUGGUAUAGAGGUCCUGGAUGGCAGGAAGCUUUGCCCCAGUGAUGUACUGGGCCGUACGCACUACCCUCUGUAGUGCCUUGCGGUCGGAGGCCAAGCAGUUGCCAUACCAGGCGGUGAUGCAACCAGUCAGGAUGCUCUCGAUGGUGCAGCUGUAUAAUUUUUUGAGGAUCUGAGGACCCAUGCCAAAUCUUUUCAGUCUCCUGAGGGGGAAUAGGCUUUGUCGUGCCCUCUUCACGACUGUCUUGGUGUGUUUGGACCAUGAUAGUUCGUUGGUGAUGUGGACACCAAGGAACUUGAAGCUCUCAACCUGUUCCACUACAGCCCCGUCGAUGAGAAUGGGGGGCGUGCUCAGUCCUCUUUUUUUUCCUGUAGUCCACAAUCAUCUCCUUUGUCUUGGUCACGUUGAGGGAGAGGUUGUUGUCCUGGCACCACACGGCCAGAUCUCUGACCUCCUCCCUAUAGGCUGUCUCAUCGUUGUCGGUGAUCAGGCCUACCACUGUUGUGUCGUCGGCAAACUUAAUGAUGGUGUUGGAUUCGUGCCUGGCCAUGCAGUCAUGGGUGAACAGAGAGUACAGGAGGGGACUGAGCACGCACCCCUGAGGGGCCCCCGUGUUGAGGAUCAGUGUGGCAGAUGUGUUGUUACCUACCCUUACCACCUGGGGGCGGCCCGUCAGGAAGUCCAGGAUCCAGUUGCAGAGGGAGGUGUUUAGUCCCAGGAUCCUUAGCUUAGUGAUGAGCUUAGAGGGCACUAUGGUGUUGAAUGCUGAGCUGUAGUCAAUGAAUAGCAUUCUCACGUAGGUGUUCCUCUUGUCCAGGUGAGAAAGGGCAGUGUGGAGUGCAAUAGAGAUUGCAUCAUCUGUUGAUCUGUUGGGGCGGUAUGCAAAUUGGAGUGGGUCUAGGGUUUCUGGGAUAAUGCUGUUGAUGUGAGCCAUGACCAGCCUUUCAAAGCACUUCAUGGCUACAGACGUCAGUGCUACGGGUCGGUAGUCAUUUAGGCAUGUUAUCUUAGAGUCCUUGGGCACGGGGACUAUGGUGGUCUGCUUGAAACAUGUUGGUAUUACAGACUCAGUCAGGGACAUGUUGAAAAUGUCAGUGAAGACACUUGCCAGUUGGUCAGCACAUGCUCGGAGUACACGUCCUGGUAAUCCGUCUGGCCCUGCGGCCUUGUGAAUGUUGACCUGCUUAAAAGUCUUACUCACAUCGGCUACGGAGAGCGUGAUCACAUAGUCAUCCGGAACAGCUGGUGCUCUCAUGCAUGUUUCAGUGUUGCUUGCCUCGAAGCGAGCAUAGAAGUGGUUUAGCUCGUCUGGUAGGCUUGUGUCACUGGGCAGCUCGCGGCUGUGCUUCCCUUUGUAGUCUGUAAUAGUUUUCAAGCCCUGCCACAUCCGACGAGCGUCACUUUGCAAUGAGCUGGAGGCAGUACGCAUUUUGAAAACAUUUACUUAAUCAUUUGAAACCUGAAAGUUUUACUUUAUAUUAUGAGGCAUGUUUUACCUUGCUUCAAACUAGCCUAGCCAAAAUAUAAAUAUAUACAUUCUUAUAUGUUAAAUUCCAGCAUGUUAAAUGUGCAACCAGAGGAGAAAAAAAACUCUAGACCACCUUAACUCCACACACAGAGACACAUACAAAGCUCUCCCUCGCCCUCCAUUUGGCAAAUCUGACCAUAACUCUAUCCUCCUGAUUCCUGCUUAUAAGCAAAAACUAAAGCAGGAAGCACCAGUGACUUGGUUAAUAAAAAAGUGGUCAGCUGAUGCAGAUGCUAAGCUACAGGACUGUUUUGCUAGCACAGACUGGAAUAUGUUCCGGGAUUCUUCAGAUAGCAUUGAGGAGUACACCACAUCAGUCACUGGCUUCAUCAAUAAGUGCAUCGAUGACGUCGUCCCCACAGUGACCGUACGUACAUACCCCAACCAGAAGCCAUGGAUUACAGGCAACAUCCGCACUGAGCUAAAGGGUAGAGCUGCCGCUUUCAAGGAGCGGGACUCUAACCCGGACGCUUAUAAGAAAUCCCGCUAUGCCCUCCGACGAACCAUCAAGCAGGCAAAGAGUCAAUACCGGACUAAGAUUGAAUCGUACAACACCGGCUCUGACACUCGUCGGAUGUGGCAGGGCUUGAAAAUUAUUACAGACUACAAAAGGAAGGACAGCCGCGAGCUGCCCAGUGACACAAGCCUACCAGAGGAGCUAAAUCACUUCUAUGCUCGCUUCUAGGCAAGCAACACUGAAGCAUGCAUGAGAGCACCAGCUGUUCCGGAUGACUAUGUGAUCACGCUCUCCGUAGCCGAUGUGAGUAAGACUUUUAAGCAGGUCAACAUUCACAAGGCCGCAGGGCCAGACGGAUUACCAGGACGUGUUCUCCGAGCAUGUGCUGACCAACUGGCAAGUGUAGUUUUGGCAAGUCGGUUAGGACAUCUACUUUGUGCAUGACACAAGUAAUUUUUCCAACAAUUGUUUACAGACAGAUUAUUUCACUUAUAAUUCACUAUCACAAUUCCAGUGGGUCAGAAGUUUACAUACACUAAGUUGACUGUGCCUUUAAACAGCUUGGAAAAUUCCAGAAAAUUAUAUCAUGGCUUUAGAAGCUUCUGACAUAAGCUAAUUGACAUAAUUUGAGUCAAUUGCUCCUCUGUAGCUCAAUUGGUAGAGCAUGGCACUUGUAACGCCAGGGUAGUGGGUUCGAUCCCCGGGAUCACCCAUACGUAAAAAUGUAUGCACACAUGACGUUAAGUCGCUUUGGAUAAAAGCGUCUGCUAAAUGGCAUAUUAUAUUAUAAUUGGAGGUGUACCUGUGGAUGUAUUUCAAGGCCUACCUUCAAACUCAGUGCCUCUUUGCUUGACAUCAUGGGAAAAUCAAAAGAAAUCAGCCAAGACCUCAGAAAAAAAAGUCUGGUUCAUCCUUGGGAGCAAUUUCCAAACACUUGAAGGUACCACGUUAAUCUGUACAAACAAUAGUACGCAAGUAUAAACCAUGGGACCACGCAGCCGUCAUACUGCUCAGGAAGGAGACGCGAUCUGUCUCCUAGAGAUGAACGUACUUUGGUGCGAAAAGUGCAAAUCAAUCCCAGAACAACAGUAAAUGAUCUUGUGAAGAUGCUGGAGGAAACGGGUACAAAACUAUCUAUAUCCACAGUAAAACAAGACCAAUAUCGACAUAACCUGAAAGGCCGCUCAGCAAGGAAGAAGCCACUGCUCCAAAACCGCCAUAAAAAAGCCAGACUACGGUUUGCAACUGCACAUGGGGACAAAGAUCGUACUUUUUGGAGAAAUGUUCUCUGGUCUGAUGAAACAAAAAUAGAACUGUUUGGCCAUAAUGACCAUCGUUAUGUUUGGAGGAAAAAGGGGGUGCUCGCAAGCCGAAGAACACCAUCCCAACCGUGAAGCACAGGGGUGGCAGCAUCAUGUUGUGGGGGUGCCUUGCUGCAGGAGGGACUGGUGCACUUCACAAAAUAGAUGGCAUCAUGAGGAAGGAAAAUUAUGUGGAUAUAUUGAAGCAACAUCUCAAGACAUCAGUUAGGAAGUUAAAGCUUGGUCGCAAAUCGGUCUUCCAAAUGGACAAUGACCCCAACCAUACUUCCAAAGUUGUGGCAAAAUGGAUUAAGGACAACAAAGUCAAGGUAUUGGAGUGGCCAUCACAAAGCCCUGACCUCAAUCCUAUAGAACAUUUUUGGGCAGAACUGAAAAAGCGUGUGCAAGCAAGGAGGCCUACAGACCUGACUCAGUUACACCAGCUCUGUCAGGAGGAAUGGGCCAAAAUUCACCCAACUUAUUGUGGGAAGCUUGUGGAAGGCUACCCGAAACGUUUGACCCAAGUUAAACAAUUUAAAGGCAAUGCUACCAAAUACUAAUUGAGUGUAAACUUCUGACCCACUGGGAAUGUGAUUAAAUAAAUAAAAGCUUAAAUAAAUCAUUCUCUCUACUAUUAUUCUGACAUUUCACAUUCUUAAACUAAAGUGGUGAUCCUAACUGACCAAAGACAGGGAAUUUUUACUAGGAUUAAAUGUCAUGAAUUGUGAACAACUGAGUUUAAAUGUAUUUGGCUAAGGUGUAUGUAAACUUCUGACUUCAACUGUACAUACAUACACACACAUAUACACAUACAUACAUAUAAAUACAAAUACAUACAUAUACAUAUCCUGUUUUUAAAUAUAUUUUCCUUUAUUACUUUCCAAGCCCUCCACCCCUUCCCUAAUUGGAGUAAACUAGUGAACAACAAUGCUUAGGCCUCUAUUUCCAGCUUAUACAUACUAUAUACAUUUUAUGGACACAGUCAAUUUUACAAUAAUUCUAUUUUGUUUGUUUUUACUCCUGAACUUCCUCUACCCUCAACCUCUCCGAUCAUUUUCAUGAUGUCCAUCCGGUUUGCUUCUAUAUGCCAUUUCUUUCUAACUGUGCUCUUUCACAAAAGCUCUCAACCUAUAACCUAUAUACUUAUUAUGGACACAGUAUGCUUUACAUUAGUUAUCUUGUUGUUAUUAAUUGUUGUUAGAUGUUAUUAGUCCCAUCAUUCAACUCCAUUCAACACCUCCCAUCUAUCUCUUAACACCAUCCAUAUUGGAUUUCUAUUUGCCAUAUAUUUUUCAACUGUACUGUGAUGUUUUACAAAAGUUCUGAACCCUUCUAUUCUCAUUGUUUCUACAGAUUGUAAAUUGAAAAUAAACAUUUUUGCUGAAAGUAUUAUUAGCCUCCCAAGUGGCGCAGUGGUCUAAGGCACUGCAUCGCUGUGCCACUAGAGAUCCUGGUUCGAGUUCAGGCUCUGUCACGACCGGGAGACCCAUGGGGUGGCGCACAAUUGGCCCAGGGUAGGGGAGGGUUUGGCCGGAAGGGAUGUUCUUAUCCCAUCGUGCACUAGCGACUCCUGUGGUGGGCCGGGCGCAGUGUUUAAUGUGUUUGUUUCUAAUGUGUUUUUGUUGGUGUUUCUAAUGUAUUUGUUUGUUUUUGUAAUGUGUUUGUGUUUCUAAUGUGUUUUAGUUGUUGUGUCUAAUGUAUUUGUUUGUGUUUCUAAUGCGUUUCUAAUGUGUUUGUGUUUCUGGUUGUGUUUCUAUUGUGUCCCUCAGGUGUUUCUGGCCAUGCUGACCAACCUGCAGAUGAGGGACUGCCUGCCUGACGUGGACUCCUGGAGGCUGUUUGGCAACCUCAACGAGCUGGGUCUGGUAAGACCAUAGAUAUACAUAUAUUACAUUAGGUUGGAUUAGAUUAAAAUAUAUUUAUUAUCCCAAGCUUGGGAAAUUAGUUUGGCAUGUUAAGAGACACAACAUAAUUAAAACACAAAAUAUCAUUAUUGUGUCCUAUUAUAUUAUAGCAAGUGUUCUAUUUAGUGCUGUCGCCAUGCCAACACACUCUCCGAGUGGCGCAGUGGUCUAAGGCACUGCAUCGCAGUGCUAGCUGUGCCACUAGAGAUCCUGGUUCGAAUCCAGACUCUGUCGUAGCCGGCCGCGACCGGGAGACCCAUGGGGCGGCGCACAAUUGGUCCAGCGUAGGGGAGGGAAUGGCCGGCAGGGAUGUAGCUCAGUUGGUAGAGCAUGGCGUUUGCAACGCCAGGGUUGUGGGUUCGAUUCCCACGGGGGGCCAGUAUAAAAAAUAAUGUAUGCGCUCACUAACUGUAAGUCGCUCUGGAUAAGAGCGUCUGCUAAAAUGACUAAAAAUUUAAAAAAACACCACUCAGAUUAGAACUGGUCCUGAACGGGUGCAGUGGAUGCGGUCUUCCAUGCAGAAUGAUAAGAUGAUAGGGCCAUGGUGUGCUAUCAUGGGGCAGUGAGGCAGUCACUAGUGUGUGGAAAGUAGUUAUCCAGCUCCUAGAGGGAGAUGGUUUACCACAAGCUAUCAAAAUGAAAUUCCAAAGAUAAAUCACAAAAUAUUCCCUAUCACAACAUCAAAUCUUUGACAUCAUCUUACUCUAGGCUAUAUGUUGAAGGUUUGAGUUUUCAUAAUAUCACAUCAUCUGGUUAUUUUACCAAAGAAAAUAGAGAGUGCUGCAGGCGACUGAGGCGAGACAUUGGAGGUUUAAUUAUCAGUCCUUGCCAUCAUACAGUGCCUUCGGAAAGUAGUAAGCCCUCUUAACUUUUUCCACAUUAUUCUAAAAUUUAUUCAAUCUACACACAAUACCCCAUAAUGACAAAGUAAAAACAGGUUUUUAUAAUUUUUUGCUAAUUUAUUACAAAUAAAAAACAGAAAUAUAACAUUUACAUAAGUAUUCAGACCCUUUACUCAGUACUUUGUUGAAGCACCUUUGGCAGCAAUUACAGAAUCGAGUCUUCUUGGGUAUGACGCUACAAGCUUGGCACACCUGUAUUUGGGGAGUUUUUCCCAUUCUUCUUUGCAGAUCCUCUCAAGCUCUCCAGAGAUGUUCGAUCGGGUUCAAGUCCGGGCUCUGGCUGGGCCACUCAAGGACAUUCAGAGACUUGUCCCGAAGCCAGUCCUGCGUUGUAUUGUGUGUGCUUAGGGUCAUUGUCCUGUUGGAAGGUGAACGUUCGCCCCCGUCUGAGGUUGUGAGUGCUCUGGAGCAGAUCUCUCUGUUCUUUGCUCCGUUCAUCUUUGCCUCGAUCCUGACUAGUCUCCCAGUCCCUGCCGCUAAAAAACAUCCCCACAGAAUGAUGCUGCCACCACCAUGCUUCCCCGUAGGGAUGGUGCCACGUUUCCUCCAGACGUGACGCUUGGCAUUCAGGCCAAAGAGUUCAAUCUUGGUUUCAUCAGACCAGAGAAUCUCGUUUGUCAUGGUCUGAGAGUCUUUAGGUGCCUUUUGGCAAACUCCAAGUGGGCUGUCAUGUGCCUUUCACUGAGGAGUGGCUUCCGUCUGGCCGCUCUACCAUAAAGGCCUUAUUGUUGGAGUGUUGCAGAGAUGGUUGUCCAUCUCCACAGAGGAACUCUAGAGCUCUGUCAGCGUGACCAUCGGGUUCUGGGUCACCUCCCUGACCAAGGCCCUUCUCCACCGAUUGCUCAGUUUGGCCGGGCGGCCAGCUCUAGGAAGAGUCUUGGUGGUUCCAAACUUCUUCCAUUUAAGAAUGAUGGAGGCCACUGUGUCCUUCAAUGCUGCAGACAUUUUUUGGUACCCUUCCCCAGAUCUGUGCCUCGACACAAUCCUGUCUCGGAGCGCUACGGACAAUUCCUUCGACCUCAUGGCUUGGAUUUUGCUCUGACAUACACUGUCAACUGUGGGACCUUAUAUAGACAUGUGUGCGCCUUUCCAAAUCAUGUCCAAUCAAUCGAAUUUACCACAGGUGGACUCCAAUCAAGUUGUAGAAACAUCUCAAGGAUGAUCAAUGGAAACAGGAUGCAUCUGAGCUCAAUUUCGAGUCUCAUAGCAAAGGGUCUGAAUACUUAUAUCUAUAUCUUAUAUCUAUUAUUUGUAAUAGAUUUACAAACAAUUCUAAAAACCUGUUUUCGCUUUGUCAUUAUGGGGUAUUGUGUGUACAGUCGUGGUCAAACGUUUUGAGAAUGACAAGUAUUGGUCUUCACAAAGUUUGCUGCUUCAGUGUUUUUAGAUAUUUUUGUCAGAUGUUGCUAUGGUAUACUGAAGUGUAUUUACAAGCAUUCCAUAAGCGUCAAAGGCUUUUAUUGACAAUUACAUUGUUUACGCAAAGAGUAAAUAUUUGCAGUGUUGACCCUUCUUUUUCAAGACCUCUGCAAUCCGCCCUGGCAUGCUGUCAAUUAACUUCUGGGCCACAUCCUGACUGAUGGCAGCCCAUUAUUGCAUAAUCAAUGCUUGGAGUUUGUCCGAAUUUGUGGGUUUUUGUUUGUCCACCCGCCUCUUGAGGAUUGAUCACAAGUUCUCAAUGGGAUUAAGGUCUGGGGGGUUUCCUGGCCAUGGCCCCAAAAUGGCCAUGGACCCAAAAUGUGGAUGUUUUGUUCCCCGAGCCACUUAGUUAUCACUUUUGCCUUAUGGCAAGGUGCUCCAUCAUGCUGGAAAAGGCAUUGUUCGUCACCAAACUGUUGGACUUGGAUGGUUGGGAGAAGUUGUUCUCGGAGGAUGUGUUGGUACCAUUCUUUAUUCAUGGCUGUGUUCUUAGGCAAAAUUGUGAGUGAGCCCACUCACUUGGCUGAGAAGCAACCCCACACAUGAAUGGCCUCAGGAUGCUUUACUGUUGGCAUGACACAGGACUGAUGGUAGCGCUCACCUUGUCUUCUCCGGACAAGGUGUUUUCCGGAUGCCCCAAACAAUCGGAAAGGGGAUUCAUCAGAGAAAAUGACUUUACCCCAGGCUCAGCAGUCCAAUCCCUGUACCUUUUGCAGAAUAUCAGUCUGUCCCUGAUGUUUUUCCUGGAGAGAAGUGGCUUUCUCGCUGCCCUUCUUGACACCAGGCCAUCCUCCAAAAGUCUUCGCCUCACUGUGCGUGCAGAUAAUAAUAAUAAUAAUAAUAUGCCAUUUAGCAGACGCUUUUAUCCAAAGCGACUUACAGUCAUGUGUGCAUACAUUUUUACGUAUGGGUGGUCCCGGGGAUCGAACCCACUACCCUGGCGUUACAAGCGCCAUGCUCUACCAAUUGAGCUACAGAGGACCACAGAUGAACUCAUACCUGCCUGCUGCCAUUCCUGAGCAAGCUCUGCACUGGUGGUGCCCCGAUCCCGCAGCUGAAUCAACUUUAGGAGACGGUCCUGGCGCUUGCUGGACUUUUUUGGGCGCCCUGAAGCCUUCUUCACAACAAUUGAACCUCUCUCCUUGAAGUUCUUGAUGAUCCGAUAAAUGGUUGAUUUAGGUGCAAUCUUACUAGCAGCAAUAUACUUGCCUGUGAAGCCCUUUUUGUGCAAAGCAAUGAUGACGGCACGUGUUUCCUUACAGGUAACCAUGGUUAACAGAGGAAGAACAAUGAUUUCAAGCACCACCCUCCUUUUAAAGCUUCCGGUCUGUUAUUCUAACUCAAUCAGCAUGACAGAGUGAUCUCCAGCCUUGUCCUCGUCAACACUCUCACCUGUGUUAACGAGAGAAUCACUGACAUGAUGUCAGCUGGUCCUUUUGUGGCAGGGCUGAAAUGCAGUGGAAAUGUUUUUUUGGGAUUAAGUUCAUUUUCAUGGCAAAGAGGGACUUUGCAAUUAAUUGCAAUUAAUCUGAUCACUCUUCAUAACAUUCUGGAGUAUAUGCAAAUUGCCAUCCUAAAAACUGAGGUAGCAUACUUUGUGAAAAUUAACUCUCAAAACUUUUGACCACGACUGUAGGUUGCUGAGGAUUUUUUAUAUUUAUUUAAUCCAUUUUACAAUAAGGCUGUAAUGUAACAAAACGUGGAAAAAGUCAAGCCGUCUGAAUACUUUCCGAAGGCACUGUAUUUACAGUGCCCUCCGUAAUUGUGACAGUGAAGCAUUUUUUCUUCUUUUGGCGAGAUACUUAAAAAAGUUUUUUUGUUAAAUCAAACAAUGACUAUGAGGUUAAAGUGCAGACUGUCCGAUUUAAUUUGAGUGUAUUUUCAUUUAGAAAUACAGCACAUUUUGUACAUAGUCCCACCAUUUUGGGGAGCAACUUUCUCACUCAUCAUUAUUCACGAUUCAUUCAGGAUUAUCCGUAAUCAUAGUAGCAUCCACAUUAAUGUAGAAGUGUUUAGAAACAUAUUCUAUUCUUAUUUACAAUAAAAGUGACUCCAAAAUGACACAGUACAUUAUUUACCAUUCAUUUCUAUUGGGCACAAAAUAAUCUGAAACACAACCAAAACAAACAGCAAAUGCAUCCAACAAAUUUGUAGAGUCACAACGUUGAUGUAGUCUUUCCGUGCUAUGAAUAUGGGACCAAAAUACUUCACUUUUUACUACUUUAAUACACAUAAGUGAAUUUGUCCCAAUACUUUUGCUCCCCUACAAUGGGGGCAGUAUGUACAGAAAGUGCUGUAAUUUCUAAACAGUUCACCCGAUAUGGAUGAAAAUACCUUCAAAUUAAAGCUGUCAGUUUGCACUUGAACUGCAUAGUAAUUUUUUGAUUUCUGGAGUAUAGAGCCAAAAUAAGAAAAACGCUUCACUUAUAUGUGUAUUAAAGUAGACUACACAGCAAUAGGCUAUGGCAUGACAUCAUCAUGCGGACUCUGUAAUAUGAUUUGUUGUUCCCAAGGUGAGCUUUGGCUUCCUCACCAGCCUGCUGCGUGUCAUCAAGGAGUCCUGGGAGAUCCCUGUGGCAGGAGGAGGGUCCAACCUGCUGGAGCUUCUCACUAAGGUAGGUACAGCUGACACAUACAUUCAUAUUCAUAUUCAUAUUCUCUCUCUCUCUCUCUCUCUCUCUCUCUCUCUCUCUCUCUCUCUCUCUCUCUCUCUCUCUCUCUCUCUCUCUCUCUCUCUCUCUCUCUCUCUCUCUCUCUCUCUCUCUCUCUCUCUCUCUCUCUCUCUCUCUCUCUCUCUCUCUCUAAUAUUACUAUAAAUAAUUAUUACACAAAUAAUCAGAAGCCUCAAUAUAAGCCAUAUCAUUGUUUGAAAAUGUGACCUACACGAACAUGAUAUACUAGACGUACAUCUCUUUAUCUCCCUACAUGAAAUGUACAAUAUGAACACAUAUCUCACUUGUUUUUCCUGUGGCCCAGCUUUCUGUGUCUCUGUGCUAGUUAGAUAACCACUACGUCUCUCUAUCUCGAUCUGUCGGCAGGCUUUCCAGGAGAGCAUAUGCCACUGUCUGCAGAAGUACUGCCUCAACUAUUCCACUGCACUAUUUUAUCUGGACAGCCUGAAGAACAGAGAGGACUUUGGCUCCUACGUUAAGGUACACUCUACUGUACUGCAGGCCGGAGCCGCCGAGCGCUGCUUAUUUUGAACUGUAAAUCAGUGUUGUUUGGGGCAAGGUCGCGCUGUACUGGUGCAUGCUGACAAUUUGGAAUGUGACAAUUUGUCUUCUGCUAUUGUGACUCUCUUUCUUUUUUUGCUCUCAACUGAGAUAUAUUUUCUUCCUCAACAACUUUACUCUACCUCCCCCCAUCCCUCUGUUCUCUCUAAUACUCUCUCUAUUUCACUCUUACCCACUAACCUGUAUCUUCUCUCUCUGUCUUAUUUUCUCCCACACUCUUACUUAAUCGCUUUUUCUCUCUAUCAGAUUGUGUCACACACACACUUAUCUACCUACUUACAGUACAGUACACUCUCUCUCUCUCUAAACAGUAAACAUUACACUAUUCCAAAAGAAUAACGACAUUUCAAAUGGCAUUAUGUCUAUAUACAGUGUCGUAACGAUGUGCAAGAGUACAAAAGGGAAAAUAAAUAAACAUAAAUAUGGGUUUUAUUCACUGGUUGCCCUUUUCUUGUGGCAACAGGUCACACAUCUUACUGCUGUGAUUGCACACUCUGUAUUUCACCCAACAGAUAUGGGAGUUUAUCAAAAUUGGAUUUGUGGGUCUGUGCAAUCUGAGGGAAAUGUGUCUCUAAUAUGGUCAUACAUUUGGGAGGAGGUUAGGAAGUGCAGCUCAGUUUCCACCUAAUUUUGUGGGCAGUGUGCACAUAGCCAUAGCCUGUCUGCCUACGGCGGCCUUUCUCAAUAGCAAGUCUAUGCUCACUGAGUCUGUACAGUCAAAGCUUUCCUUAAUUUUGGGUCAGUCACAGUGGUCAGGUAUUCUGCCACUGUGUACUCUCUGUUUAGGGCCAAAUAGCAUUUGCGCUGUUUUUUUGUUAAUUCUUUCCAAUGUGUCAAGUAAUUAUCUUUUUGUUUUCUCAUGAUUUGGAUGGGUCUAAUUGUGUUGCUGUCCUGGGGCUCUGUGGGGUCUGUUUGUGUUUGCUUAGGGGACUCUUCUCCAGGUUCAAACUCUCUGUAGGUGAUGGCUUUGUUAUGGAAGGUUUGUGAAUCACUUCCUUUUAGGUGGUUGUAGAAUUUAACAUCUCUUUUCUGGAUUUUGAUAAUUAGCGGGUAUCGGCCUAAUGCUCUGCAUGCAUUAUUUGGUGUUUUACAUUGUACACUGAGGAUAUUUUUGCAGAAUUCUGCAUGCAGAGUCUCAAUUUGGUGUUUGUCCCAUUUUGUUCAUUCUUGGUUGGUGAACGGACCCCAGACCUCACAACCAUAAAGGGCAAUGGGUUCUAUAACUGGCUCCCGAGUGGCGCAGCGGUCUAAGGCACUGCAUCUCAGUGCUUGAGGCGUCACUACAGACCCCCUGGUUCGAUUCCAGGCUGUAUCACAACCGGCCGUGAUUGGGAGUCCCAUAGGGCGGCGCACAAUUGGCCCAGCGUCGUCCGGGUUUGGCCGUUGUAGGCCGUCAUUGUAAAUAAGAAUUUGUUCUUAACUGACUUGCCUAGUUAAAUAAAGGUAAAAAAUAUACACUGCUCAAAAAAAUAAAGGGAACACUUAAACAACACAAUGUAACUCCAAGUCAAUCACACUUCUGUGAAAUCAAACUGUCCACUUAGGAAGCAACACUGAUUGACAAUACAUUUCACAUGCUGUUGUGCAAAUGGAAUAGACAACAGGUGGAAAUUAUAGGCAAUUAGCAAGACACCCCCAAUAAAGGACUGGUUUUGCAGUUGGUGACCACAGACCACUUCUCAGUUCCUAUGCUUCCUGGCUGAUGUUUUGGUCACUUUUGAAUGCUGGCGGUGCUUUCACUCUAGUGGUAGCAUGAGACGGAGUCUACAACCCACACAAGUGGCUCAGGUAGUGCAGCUCAUCCAGGAUGGCACAUCAAUGCGAGCUGUGGGAUGAAGGUUUGCUGUGUCUGUCAGCGUAGUGUCCAGAGCAUGGAGGCGCUACCAGGAGACAGGCCAGUACAUCAGGAGACGUGGAGGAGGCCGUAGGAGGGCAACAACCCAGCAGCAGGACUGCUACCGCCGACCUUUGUGCAAGGAGGAGCAGGAGGAGCACUGCCAGAGCCCUGCAAAAUGACUUCCAGCAGGCCACAAAUGUGCAUGUGUCUGCUCAAACGGUCAGAAACAGACUCCAUGAGGGUGGUAUGAGGGCCCGACGUCCACAGGUGGGGGUUGUGCUUACAGCCCAACACCGUGCAGGACGUUUGGCAUUUGCCAGAGAACACCAAGAUUGGCAAAUUCGCCACUGGCGCCUUGUGCUCUUCACAGAUUAAAGCAGGUUCACACUGAGCACGUGACAGACGUGACAGAGUCUGGAGACGCCGUGGAGAACGUUCUGCUGCCUGCAACAUCCUCCAGCAUGACCGGUUUGGCGGUGGGUCAGUCAUGGUGUGGGGUGGCAUUUCUUUGGGGGGCCGCACAGCCCUCCAUGUGCUCGCCAGAGGUAGCCUGACUGCCAUUAGGUAUCGAGAUGAGAUCCUCAGACCCCUUGUGAGACCAUAUGCUGGUGCGGUUGGCCCUGGGUUCCUCCUAAUGCAAGACAAUGCUAGACCUCAUGUGGCUGGAGUGUGUCAGCAGUUCCUGCAAGAGGAAGGCAUUGAUGCUAUGGACUUGCCCGCCCGUUCCCCAGACCUGAAUCCAAUUGAGCACAUCUGGGACAUCAUGUCUCGCUCCAUCCACCAACGCCACUGUCCAGGAGUUGGCGGAUGCUUUAGUCCAGGUCUGGGAGGAGAUCCCUCAGGAGACCAUCCGCCACCUCAUCAGGAGCAUGCCCAGGCGUUGUAGGGAGGUCAUACAGGCACGUGGAGGCCACACACACUACUGAGCCUCAUUUUGACUUGUUUUAAGGACAUUACAUCAAAGUUGGAUCAGCCUGUAGUGUGGUUUUCCACUUUAAUUUUGAGGGUGACUCCAAAUCCAGACCUCCAUUGGUUGAUAAAUUUGAUUUCCAUUGAUAAUUUUUGUGUGAUUUUGUUGUCAGCACAUUCAACUAAAGAAAAAAGUAUUUAAUAAGAUUAUUUCAUUCAUUCAGAUCUAGGAUGUGUUAUUUUAGUGUUCCCUUUAUUUUUUUGAGCAGUGUAUAUACAUUUUUAGCACGAUCCUAAUUGGUAUGUUGAAUUUUAUGUUCCUUUUGAUGGCAUAGAAGGCCCUUCUUGCCUUGUCAUUCAGAUCGUUCACAGCCUUGUGGAAGUUACCUGUGGUGCUGACGUUUAGGCCGAGGUAUGUAUAGUUCUCUGUGUGCUCUAGGGCAACGGUGUCUAGAUGGAAUUUGUAUUUGUGGUCCUGGCAACUGGGUCUUUUUUGGAAUGCCAUUAUUUUUGUCUUACUGAGAUUUACUGUCAUGGCCCAGGUCUGACAGAAUCUGUGCAGAAGAUUUAGGUGCUGCUGUAGGCCAUCCUUGGUUGGGGACAGAAGCACCAGAUCAUCAGCAAACAGCAAACAGUAGACAUUUGACUUCAGAUUCUAGUAGGGUGAGGCCGGGUGCUGCGGACUGUUCAACAUAAAUAUGGGUUGUAUUUACAAUGGUGUUUGUUCUUCACUGGUUGCCCUUUUCUUGUGGCAACAGGUCACAAAUAUUGGUGCUGUGAUGGCACACUGUGGUUUUUCACCCAGUAGAUAAGGGAGUUUAUCAAAAUUGGGUUUGUUUUCGAAUUCUUUGUGGAUCUCUGUAAUCUAAGGGAAAUAUGUGUCUGUAAUAUGGUCAUACAUUUAGCAGGAGUUUAGGAAGUGCAGCUCAGUUUCCACCUUUUGUGGGCAGUGUGCACAUAGCAUGUCUUCUCUUGAGAGCCAGGUCUGCCUACGGCGGCCUUUCUCAAUAGCAAGGCUAUGCUCACGGAGUCUGUACAUUGUCAAAGCUUUCCUUAAGUUUGGGUCAGUCACAGUGGUCAGGUAUUCUGCCACUGUGUACUCUCUGUUUAGGGCCAAAUAGUAUUCUAGUUUGCUCAGUUUUUUUGUUAAUUCUUUCCAAUGUGUCAAGUAAUUCUCUUUUUGUUUUCUCAUGAUUUGGUUGGGUCUAAAUGUGUUGUUGUCGUGCACUCUCUCUCUCUCAUGCUCUCUCUCUCGCACGCUCUCUCGUGCGCUCUCUCUCUCGUGCGCUCUUUCUCUCUCUCGUGCGCGCUCUCUCUCGUGCGCGCUCUCUCUCGUGCGCGCUCUCUCUCGUGCUCUCUUUCUCUCUCUCGUGCUCUCUUUCUCUCUCUCAUGCUCUCUCUCUCUCAUGCUCUCUCUCUCGUGCUCUCUCUCUUGUGCGCUGUCUCUCUCUCUCGUGCACUCUCUCGUGCGCUCUCUCUCGUGCGCUCUCUCUCUCGUGCGCUCUCUCUCUCGUGCGCUCUCUCGCUCUCGUGCGCUCUCUCUCUCUCAUGCGCUCUCUCUCUCUCGUGCUCUCUCUCUCUCUCUCUCUCUCUCGUGCUCUCUCUCGCUCUCGUGCUCUCUCUCUCUCUUUUCUAGUGGUGUGAGAGGAACCCGGAGUGCCGGAGGCUGCAGUUGCGUGACCUGUUAGUAGCGCCGUUGCAGCGUCUGACCCGCUACCCCCUGCUGCUGAAGAACGUGGGGAAGAGGAGCCGGACGGAGGAGGAGGAGAGCGCCCUGCAGAGCGUGGUGGAGCAGGUGGACACCUCCAUAUGUGAGCAUCCCCCCUCCUUCACCCACUUCACUGGAACAGUGUAUUGUAGUACCCCAUAUCACUACACAGGCUGCUCAUUAUUAGAUGAUCUGGGUGAUUUGCAUAAUGGCCGACUAUCAGCCGAGAUGUCUCAUCUAAACCUAAUUUAACAGUAGUCAGUCAUCACCAGUGGCUCUUCUCGGUCCCUAACCACAACAUUAAUGUUUUUGCCAUGUAAGGAAACUUGAACAUACUAGCCUCUCCUGUGUCUUACUAUGGAGGAGACCAUUGACUUGAAUGGGGAUGCCUGCUUGUUCUAGGAGUUCUAUUUUUCUAUGUAGGAAAAAGCAGACCUGCCAUUCAGGUUAUCAGGCCAUCAGGGCUCUAGGGGUUUUCCUGACAGCGCUAUGCUUUUGACAGCCACUUACACAUAUCUCCUGGCUUAAAGGGUGACUGCACUUCCUGAUUUGGACUCGUUUUGAAGAUUGCUCAUUAAGAAGCCGCCAUGACUGAAGCCAAACAAGAGUUGUCUUGGGGGUGUGGUUUGAUGUGGGUGUUAUUUUUGCAUAUCAUACCCUGGCAGGUACUGUUGUUUGUCCCUCCUGAGUCACCGUAGCAACAACAUAGCCCCUUCCUCAAAAUAGUCAGAAUUAAUAGUAAGAUAAAUCAAGAAAUCUGUAAAUAAUUUAGACAUUUUUGCCAAGGUCUUAGUCGCGCAAUUUUACAUCUAGUUAAGGUGUUUGGUGCAGUAUUUCUCAAGUCAACAAAUGUGCAUGAAAACUAGUCAGUGCACUGCACAAAGUCUAUCUAGUCGGGAAAGUCUGGUAUUGAUUUCUGAGAACAAUAACAUGUCUACAACAUAAUCUGCAAACUGGCAAACUAUCAUAAAUAAAGCACAAGCUACGCGCUGUUUACCUGCUCGCGAAUGCUCGCGAAUACAAGUUGCAGUUGGGAUACAAGUGCGCUCUGAUCGUCUCAAUUGUAAUUUUGCCUAAAAAAGUGGCAGACUCGCGUGAUUGACACUAUCAAACACAUCAGCAUGUGGCCACUCCAUAAAGGGCUUAGGUCUAAGGGUUAUUUCAACAUAAAAUUGGCGACAUGUUAUCUUAUGUAAACAAGUCUGAGGGGCUGAGGAAAGGGCUCAGCCCCUCAGGGAUCUGUCUCACUGUCUGGAAGUUCUGGCUACUAUGAUUGGAUAGAGCGUGCACAGCUGAUAGAGCACAAUCAGCACAGCUGCUUCUCUCGUGUUAGUGGCAUUGUGCAUCCAUAGACAACUCUCCAGUAAGUCGUGACGAACUCACUUACAAAACUCCGUUUUGGACGAGAUUGACUUUAUGACCAAAAUUAUCCUAUUUACACUUUGUAGUCAAUUUUGACACUAGAAUGAAUGUUUCUGACUCAUAUCAAUCCUACAUUGACUGUUUAAAACCAGAGAAGUUGGUUCUAAGGGGCAGUUGUCCUUUAACUCACAUCUUCACGCCUGUUGCAAAAUAUACAUUGUGGAAAAGUUAUUUAUAAGCAAAUACAACCAAGGGAGAUAUACAAAUACAAGUAUUUUAGAAAUGGCUUACCAAAUAGCCAGUUUAUUUGUUGGACAGCAGCCAAAAGCUGUGACAAUUGAAGUCUUCUCUGCGUGCCUGUACUUGCAGACUCGUUUUGUUUGUUUACUCUAUAGAUGGACAGGACCGGCUGGGAGAAAAUAUGUAACAGUAUUGUACCUUGAAUGUAAUUGUUCUUGUAUAUCAAACCCAUCUUUCAUUGCUAUCUGGUUUCACAGUGCUUUCACAAUGUGCUUAUAGGUUAUUUCCCAUAGCCAGGCUUUAACAGGGUGUGACUACUGACAACAACAGAGGUGUACAGUGAGUCAGUGUGACCUGGGAAUAACAUUGUCACCAUGGCAUGCUGGGCUGAAUAGGUCAAUGUCUCAUGGGUGUGGAGGGUGUUUUAAGUAAAAGGUGGGCGCAGUAAUGGAGCAUUAUAGAUCACACCCAUGUUGCGACACACAGUGAACUGUCGUAAUCGUUUAAUGAUAUCCGUAUCAAGAACUUUGAGAUGCAACAUCAGAGAUACUAUUUCAAAUUGAUUUGUUUCAUUGCCAAUACCAGACAAAUUGAUAGUUCAAUUAAGAAUGUAGCUGAAAAUGUUACAAAGUAAAACUAAUACGAAGUUACAUAAAUAAUAUUAAUUUAACUUGAUGACAACGAAGUGACAUCCUUGUUGAGGUUUCUGUGUGUGUUCUAAUGCCUGGGAUAAGCCAGCCAGAAUCGAUGUUCCUAACUUGUGUGUGCACUGCUCACAACCAAACAUUUGAGGGCUAGAUUCAAUCAGAUUGACAUCGGCAUAGCGUUGUCGAAGGUGGAACUGCAUUAAGCCUUGUGCACACCAACUGCGGUAAACUGUAUGCGUUCCGGUGGAAGUCCAUUAAUUUCAAUCGGAGGCAAUCCGCACCGCUGUGACUCAUCUGCCGGACUAGGCUGGAAUUUUCUAACUUGUGCGUUGCUUUGCCAUGCAUUAUCAGAAAUGGAAGUAGAUAAGCCACCGAAGGUGCGUGAUUCUUUUUGUUGUGAUGAGGCGCAUGGAUUGCGAUGAUUACGUAAAAUGUACCGUACGGCAAUGUAAUAAUGCAGCCGGUGUGCACGCGGCGUCAGAGCUGUCAAAUCCACAAAGGUCUCUUUGCGUUACCUUAUCGCAGACAGUGCCAUUGGAUGCAACGAUACCACACCUGACUAUAAUCCGACCAUGUUCAAACACUUGAAUUAGAUUGAUAGGCUAUAAAUCCCCCAUCCAAAUUAUCAGAAAUGGUUUGACAUUUGAGUCAUUAUUCCUAUGAUCGAUAGAGCCUACACUUUCUACCGCCGUUUUGAACUUCUUACGCGGUAGGGAUAAUACACAAGACCAGCUGCAUACCAAUAUGUCAGCUCAUACCGCUCCAACACCGCCAAAACAUCUGCUAUGCGUUUGGACUCAUUCACACACACUCUUCCCCCUCUGUGUGUGUAUGUGUUGUGUGUGUGCGCGCAGGUGAUCUGGAGGGGAAGGUGAAAUGGCUGGACAACUACCAGAAGGUGAAACAGCUGAGGGAUUCCCUGGUGUGGCUGCCAGUGUGGGAGAGAGACAAGCGGGCCUUCGUCCCUGAGGUAAGGCUGCUUUCACUAUACUGGGAGAGUUGAGCUUUGAAUACCAAACUUGGUUUGCACAAAUACAGAAUAGAAUAGAACUUACUCAAUUUACUUAAUCCUCUUGGUUCCUGGAGGAACAUAGGGCCUGUACUAAAGUUUUCCACUAUUGUCAGUCUUAGGCUGCUUUGUUUGCCUCUUGCCAUGACAAGUGGAUAUUCUUGAGUUCUGAAUAGAAUAGAACAGAUCAUAUGGUUAAUGUUUCUUAAACAAGUCAGAUACUACAAUAACUUAGCUGUAUCUUAAAUCAGAGAUCAUAGCACUGAUGUAAAGGAAAGAGAAAGCUGUCUAAAGCUUUUUAGUGGGGGGGUUUUCAGAUAAGUAUCAAGUGAUACCUAACAUCAGGAUCCGCAAAGCUACAUAGACACACAGAUGAGAUAUUACAGUGUGAAAUGUAAAUGAUACUGCCCGAGAAGCCGGUGUUUGGAGGAUAUAUUGGCAUGGGUGUUGUUAGGCCCGAGACGAAGACGAGGGCCGGCAAACCGUGCCAAUAUAUCCUCCAAACACCGGCUUCUCGGGCAUUAUCACUUUUAUACAACAGGUUCCCAACAUAUUCAAAUAAUGAUUGACAUAUUUUAAUUAAAAAACAUUAUUUUGAUGAAUUUAUUCAUACUAUUUCAUCCUUCCACAAGAUAUAGUCCCGACACAAAUCUAGGGUUGCUACCCAAGACGUCUGGUCAUUCUUUUUAUUGGUUUGGUUGCCAGAGACGCGACCCGGUUUGGCAACGUUCUUAUCCCUUGCUUGCUAGCUAGCCAACUACGGCUAACUUACAGUCACGUCAAAAAGCCAGAAUAACAGCAAAGUAGAUGCAUUUGCAUUUGUUUAAGCUGUUUUCUAGAGAGAUUUAUUUGGAUAGACACUGUUAUUCAGAGGAGCUAGCCAACAACACAGCUAACAUAAUCACUUCAAACUGAAGCUGGAAAGACUGCAAACUAGCUGCACUUUGUUUGACCUUUUUUCAAUUGACAUUUCUUUGUAUAUGUCCAUAAAAAUGAUGCCAGCUGAUUAAUGAUUUCGACUGGUUGAGAAAGGCUGCCUGCCUGCCUGUCUCGUCCUGACUCCUGACAUGUUCAUUACCAUGGGACAGCUGGAGAUCACAUUUGAAUCUUGAAACAAUGUUGCAAAUGUCGGAGACAGACAGCAAGGUUUAAACAAACCUCUGCUGUUGAAAACUAAAUGUUAGUCUAAAAGAAAUGUGAGAUAAUGUCUAGAUGCUUUUUAUAGUGGAGAUCAAGUUUAUAAAUUGCUUGGCUGGGCUGAUGAGACAGUGGAUUGCGCAGUCAGAUGGAACAGAGGUAAAUAGGCAUUUUAAUGUCAUAGAUUUAGCCGGUGGUAACUUGUGGAAUAGACACCGGCUGGAAUGCGCUUUUAACCAAUCAGCAUUCAGCAUUAGACCCACCCGUUGUAUAAGAAAAAAUAUAUAUACUGACACCACAUACAGUAUGAACUUAUAAGAACGCAAACAAAUUUCCCACAACAUAACCUCAGCCCUUCAUUUGGCUACAAACAGAAUCUGAAGCAUCUCCUAAAGGCUGUCACCCUCGAAAACCUCAUCUCUCAUCGGAGCCUGCUGCACAAGGGAAAACUAGUGCUUACAGGUCAGUGACAUACAGAGGAAUUAGACAAGACUAAUUAAAAUAGUUUGAAGUACUGUAGUUCUACAUAUUUUAGCCAUGUCAUCUCUAUAUGUGAUUCUAGAGAACGGCAAGCUGCACGAUGUGUACCUGUUUCUGUUUGACGAGUUCCUCCUCAUCACCAAGAUCAAGAGGAACAAAAAGGUGCUCCCAAUAUCUGAUUUGUUGCAUAUACUUAUCUACUUCCUUAUUUCCUUACUUACUUCCUUCUCUCUUUCUCCCUCCAGAAGUCCACAGGUCCUGAACAGAGUCCUCUGCGUCCACCUCAGAACCAGGAAUUGGACCAGCUGCUGAAGGAGGGCUGUACCUUCACUGUCCUGGAUCAGCCCAUCUCGCUGGACCGCCUCCAGCUCAAGAACGUAGACCAACUCAACGCAGCAGGUGGGGAGGGAUCAACACCUGCAUGAUAUAGGAGUUAAAAAAGGCCAGCACUCACUUAUAUAGUUACCACAGUUCUUUUAAGGCAGCCUGUCCUAGUAGCACACACAAACAUCUCAGCUUUUGUCUACCUUAGUGUGUGUGUCAAAUCAAAGUUUAUUGGUCAUAUGCACAGGAUACAGCGGGGUGAAAAUUGUAAAAUGUAAAGCUUACUCUCCUCUCAACUGUGUGUGUGUGUGCAAAAGAAUCAACAACCUGAUUCCAGGAUCUCAUCACUGAUUUCAACAUAGAUUUUCAACAGGCCUAUUAAACAUCUACUAAUACAUUACAUUUAGGCUAGGGAUUCCCACACCCCUUGUCACUUGUUUCACACCUCAUGCUUUACUGAUAAAAUCUGGAUUUGAUAUCAAUAAUCAAGCCUAUGAUAAAAACAUAUUGUGUAAUCAACAGUUAUCUAAACAGCAGAUUAGUAAUCUGUAAUCGAUUACAGUAUCAGUCCGGAGUUAUUUGUUCAGUACUCUUUCUUCUGUACUACUGUGUCGGCAACAAGAGAACUGGUUUGUAUUCAUUAGGAACAAAACAGACGCAAACGGGCCAAAACAGGGAGGGACUAACUGAACUUGUCCAAUAAGAAACGCUUGUUUUCAUUAUCUGUUACACAUUUUUUUGCUAAGUUUUUCAACGGUGUGCACUAAUGAAUGUUUCAUCCUUCUCUUCUCAGUGUCAGGGCUACCCCAAUCCUUCAUCAUCAUGCACCAGAACCGCUACCAGCAGUGUAUCGCUGCCUUCAUCCUACAAGCUCCGUCCGAGGCCGUCAAGGUACAGUAAGAGCAGUCUGACUUGACGUUAAACACACUGCGUGUUGUAGGCCAAACAAAAACACUAUGAACAGCAGUGUUUUUACAGUGAGAAUUGGAUUGCAUACCGUUUUGCUGUUCAUGUGUAGCUGGGUGCUUAUAAUUGUACCAUGGCGACUGGCAACAUUCCAUUGGCAUGACAACAGCUGCCAACAUCGCAGAGCAUCACAUAACAUGAAAUACCACAUAACAGUGGUAUCUUAUGUAAGGCAUGGAUCUAUCACUAUCAGGAAACUGCCAUCUCAAUAUACUCAUAGCAGGGUCAAAGUUUAUACAUUUUUGAUUAGUUGCUGGUUGAUAACUGCCAUAUAAAUUCCUGUGUUAUAUCAUUCAUCACCAUGUUUCAUUCCCACACCUGAUAAAUCAUUGUUCAGCUAUUUACAGUCUAUAUCUGUCCGGGAGAUUUUCACUUAACAAACAUACUAAUUGCUAUCACCCCAGAAAUCAAGUGACUCACUCCAGCUAGUGUUGGGUCAUCAUUAGACUACACUAGCAGAGAAGUUACUUUUUUUCCCCACUGUCUGGAUAGCUUAUUCUAAUACUGUCGAAGUCACCUUGCUCUCUGAUACUUCUAGGUUAGGUGGAAUUUCCUUCAUUACUAGGCAUGAGUUAGCCGAGUAUCGUCAUGGUACCCUGCAUGUGUCAAGUUCAUUUAAAGUGCAUUUCACAAACGUCACAACACACUUUACAUGAUUAAAAAGGGAAGAACAAAACAAUGUAUAACAAAAAUAAAAACCAACAAUAACAAUACAAAUGUAUGUGUGUUUCCAGAGGGUGUGGAUGUCAGAGAUAGAGGGUGCUGUGGCAAUGCUGCUGAGAUUGGAUUCCCAGCAGCCUCCCCGGGUGAAAAGCUCCUCACUGUGGCUAGAGUCCUCCCAGAUCUGAGCAGUCUGACUUUCACUACUAGAACAGAGGACCACAAACACUGCUUCUGGACAGCUACCGGUGCCUGAUCCCCACUAUAGCUCCUGAACCAUAGGUGGCUCUUGAUAUUUUCUUUUCACACUGUCCUUUCCAGCACAGUUCCAGAAACUAGGUGGAUGGUGGAAGAGUGACCAGGCCAGCCCAGUAGAACUUGGCUCAGUAGUGUGAAAGGGGUAUAAGUGUGCAGGCUCUAUGUACCGACUAGCACAAAUACACUUGAUUGAACUUUUAAAACUAGCUACUAGUCGAGACCCUUGAUUAGUUGAAUCAGGUGUGUUAGUUGGUGCUGGGCUGGAACAAACACAUCCACACAUGAUGGAUCUCUCCAGUACCAGGGUUGGUGACCACUGCCAUAGACU